GACGAUAUAUAUUCCAUAUAAUCCAAACUAUUCUAAUCGAAUUGAAUACGAUUAAAACUGUUUUAACCAUACAUUAUUAUAAUUAUUGCACCUAAUUUUGUUGGCUGAAUUUCCUUAAUUUUGGUUUAAAAUCUAAAUAUUUUGAAUGAAAUUGACGAGAGAGCGAGUAUGCAUAUAAUUUCCUUUGCCUUAACUCCGGUCAUUGUAAUAGUAUGGUAUGAGAUGGUCACACUCACUCAUCAGACAUCACUGUCCUGUCUUCUUCCGUUCUAUUCUCCGGAGAUGCGCCCGCGCCUCUGCCCUUCGUCCCGGCAAGCAGCUCCACGCUGCCGCCACCGUUGCCGGCCUCCUAUCCUCCCCCUCCCACUUCCUCCUUAACGCCCUCCUGCACCUCUAUGCUGCUUGCUCUCUCCCCCUCCACGCGCAGAAACUGUUCGACCAAAUUCCCCAAACUCACAAGGACUCUGUGGACUACACCGCCCUCAUCCGCUGCUCCUACCCCCAAGAUUCGCUCCGUUUCUUCCUCGAAAUGCGCCAACGCGCCCUCCCCGUGGAUGGGGUCACGCUAAUCUGUGCUCUUGGCGCGUGUGCCAGGCUUGAGGAGGACAACCCCGUGGCUCAGAUGCACGUGGGUGUGGUGAAAUUCGGGUUUUUGAGGCACACCAAGGUGUGCAAUGCUGUGAUGGAUGGUUAUGUUAAAUGUGGACUUUUGGGUGAGGCUAGAAGGGUGUUUGAGGAGAUUGAGGAACCCAGUAUUGUUUCUUGGACUGUGGUGUUGGGAGGUGUAGUGAAAUGGGAGGGCGUGGAGAGUGGGAGAGUGGUGUUUGAUGGAAUGCCUGAGAGAAAUGAGGUUGCUUGGACUGUUAUGAUAAAGGGUUAUGUUGGAAAUGGCUUUACAAAGGAAGCUUUUAUGCUUCUCAGAGAAAUGGUUUUUGGUAAUCAACAUGGGUUGGGUCUAGCAGAAGGAUCUAGUCUCUCACAACGUGGUGAACCGAAGUUUAAAUCUCCUUUGAGAGAGGUAACCACAGAUAGUGCCAGGCAAUGGCUUGAAGAAGAUAAAGAGCGGGUUUUUGAUAACCAAGAUGCAUUUUGUCAUGUGGAAAGAGCUAGCCUCCUACGAUGUAGCGAAUCAAGAAUUGAAUUUUCGCGGGAAAAGAUGUCUACUUGUAGUAUUCGACAAUAUGUUGAACAUGAUUGCUUUCGUAGAAAGAUACUUAUGGAAAACCAAAACGAAAAGGGGAUGGGUUAUUGUUGUGGAUUUGGGUUGAAUUGGGUUACUUUGUGUUCUGUUUUAUCUGCUUGCUCUCAGUCUGGCGAUGUGAGUGUGGGAAGGUGGGUUCAUUGUUAUGCUGUUAAGGCUAUGGGGUGGGAUUUGGGUGUUAUGGUGGGGACAAGUUUGGUUGACAUGUAUGCCAAAUGUGGGAGGGUAAGUGCUGCGUUGAUGGUGUUUAGGCACAUGCCACGGAGAAAUGUGGUGGCAUGGAAUGCCAUACUUGGUGGGUUGGCCAUGCAUGGGAUGGGGAAAGUUGUAGUUGAGAUGUUCGAUUUCAUGGUGGAAGAGGUGAAGCCUGAUGCUGUGACUUUCAUGGCUUUGUUAUGUGCUUGCAGCCAUUCGGGUCUCGUUCAACAGGGUUGGCAGUGUUUUCAUGAUAUGGAGUCUGUUUAUCGGGUGCGACGGGAAAUAGAGCAUUAUGCUUGCAUGGUAGAUCUUCUUGGUCGAGCUGGACUGUUGGAAGAAGCUCAUGUUUUCGUGAGGAAGAUGCCAAUUCCUCCAAAUGAAGUUGUUUUGGGGUCCCUUUUGGGUGCUUGUUAUGCACACGGUAAGUUGAACCUGGGGGAGAAGAUUAUGAGGGAAUUGGUUCAGAUGGAUCCCCUCAACACAGAAUAUCAUAUCCUGCUUUCAAACAUGUUUGCAUUGAGUGGGAAAGCAGACAAGGCAAAUUCCCUUAGAAAGGUUCUUAAGAAUAGGGGUAUCAAAAAGGUGCCAGGAAUGAGUUCUAUAUAUGUUGAUGGCCAACUUCAUCGGUUCAUUGCUGGGGAUAAAUCUCACCCAAGAACUGCAAAUAUUUACAUGAAGCUUGAUGACAUGAUUUGCAAGCUGAGGUUGGCUGGCUAUGUUCCCAACACGAAUUGUCAAGUGUUGUUUGGUUGUUCCAAUGGGGAUGAUUGCAUGGAAGCAUUGGAGGAGGUAGAACAAGUGUUGUUCACUCAUAGUGAGAAGCUUGCACUUUGUUUUGGCCUAAUGACCACACCACUCGGUUCUCCCCUCUGUAUUUUCAAGAACCUGAGGAUAUGCCAGGACUGUCAUUCUGCUAUUAAGAUUGCUUCUCAUGUAUAUAAACGUGAAAUUGUUGUUCGAGAUCGUUAUCGUUUUCAUAGUUUCAAGCAAGGCUCUUGUUCUUGCUCUGACUAUUGGUGAAUUACACUUUUAACUUGAAGCCACCAUUUGGAUCAGGAAAUUUAAGUCUUAUCGAUCAGGACUAAGAAUGACAGUUUCUGGGCAAUGUUUUCUGUAA